AAGCCAUGUUGGAGACACAUUGAAAGACUGUGGAAUCAACGUGGAGUCAACAGUGCACUUUUCUUUAUCGUCUUUCCCCGAAAACAAUCAAGAUCACUCCCAAGACACAAUAGCAAUCUUCCUUAAUGAUGUUGUUCCAUCAGUGCAACAAACCCAGAAAGGACUCAGUGUUUUCUUUUCUUCACUUUAUGUCAUUAAAGGGAAACAUUCUGGAGAUGGUUUCAAGAAAGUGAUUGCAUACAUCCGAAAGCUCAGUGGAUGCAGUCCUCUGGCCCAAAGUCUGUAUCAGCUGUUGUGCAGAAAUGAGAUUGGAACAGGGACCCAGAAGAUUGCCAUUGUUGAAGGACUGUACAAUCUCUUCAGAGAGCUGCUGCCAAGUCGAAUAAAAAAAAGAGGCGAAAAGAUCAUUGAAGACCCUGACGUUUUUGAGAAUGCACCAGUUUGCUGGGCUCACCUGAUAUCUGAAGCUGAAGGAGAGAGUUCACAAUAUGAGAUCUAUGCACCAAUGGUUUUGACCUCUCAACCAGGUGAACGCUUCUGUGACCCAGUUCGUUUACCUGGUGUACCGGAGGUCUUUGAAAAACAGUAUGUUCUGCAGAAAAUUCAAGAUGGGGAAAAAAUACCAAACUGCUCUGUGGAGAUCCUGACAGAGACUUCAAUGUCUAGAGCCUCUGAUGUUGAAAGGAUUUUGCUCAGUCUGCCUCCAUUCAUCAAAACAUUCCCUGUUUGGAUUUCGUGUGAUCGUGUGACUAGUCAAAACUUUCAGAUAAAUCUAGAGAAGACUUUUGUCAACAUGAAUGAACAGUUGAAAGCAUACCCUCAUCUGAUGGUGACUCCACCAUUGCUGUUGAGGGCUGUAGGGGUGGAGGGGCCACUUCUCGUUCUCUUGAGAGAAGAUAACCUUGGUGUUUACAUCAGUAAAGAAAAAAUGGCUCCUCAGCUGAUCCAGGUUUUCGAUUGCUUAGCUGGGAAAUUCAUCCCUGUGAAUGUGGACGAGUUGGCAAGUCAAAUGAGAGAUGUCAGAAGUGACCAGACGUUCAUGACCAGCCGGACUCCAAAAGAGGCGAUAUUGGUGCUAGUGGAUUCAAGCUCCUCCAUGAAUGAGACAUGCUAUGAUUCCGAUGACAAAAUGACGCGGUUGGAUGCUGUUAAACAGCUCUUUGAUAACUUUGCAACUAGAAGCAUGGCUUAUGAUUUUCAUCAUGUCAUUGGCUUGGUGAAGUUUGACUCAUCAGUUAAAACUCUCCACACAUUUACAGAGACUCUGGAGACUUUCAAGGAACACAUACACAAUCUACAGGCAACUGGACGCACUGUGCUGUAUGACGCCUUGGAUUUUGGAAUAUCUGAGCUGGAAAAAGUUGGGAAGCGAUUUCCAGACUGCAGACUUCGCAUCAUAUGUCUCACAGAUGGGAAUGAUUUUCGAUCAGCAACAAAGUCAGUGGCUGUUACAACCAAAUUGAUGAGCUCUAACAUUAUUGUUGAUGCCAUCAUUGUCGGAAAGGUAGAGAACAAUGUGCUGCGUGGAAUCAGCAAUGCAACAGGAGGUUGUUGUUUCAAACCAAAGACGAGUAAAGCUGGUCUGAAGCUCUUUGAAAUGGAAACCGUUCUGUCUUUGGAGAUGAGGAAGCCGAAGCAGAAAAUCAACCCAUCCUUAAUUAUGAGUGAGAUCGGUCUAGUUGCUCUCUUUGCUAACCGUGGCUAUGAUGAGAAACCAGAGGUUGCUCUGCCAAGUGGACUAAACGAUAAAGUGACUGGGACAGAGAAUGCAUUGAAAAAGAAGAUCCAGGAAUCCAAGAGCAGACGCUUUUUGGAGAAGGACAAACGCCUUCUGGAAGAGCUGAAGAGCCUGCACUGUGACCCACACCCAUUCUGCACUGUUUUGCCUUCAGAGUCAGACUUUACAUUUUGGAAGAUUCUCAUGCAAGGCCCCCCUGAAACACCGUAUGAGAAUGGAGUCUUUGAGCUGUACUGUCAGUUUGGGGCUGACUACCCCGUCAAACCUCCACUUGUGCGCUUUGUCACACCUGUGUACCACUGCAACAUAAACAGUGUGGGUCGUAUCUGCCACAACAUAUUUGACCGCAGCUACAACGCUCACAUAACCAUGAGAGAGAUCUUGGAUGCUGUAUAUGGAGUGCUCAUCGUUCCUGAACCCCAAGAUCCACUGGACAGUAUUUUGGCAGAGGAAUACCUGACCAGCAGAUACAAGUAUGAAGAAGAGGCCAAGAAAAACACAGAAGAAGUUGCAGGCAAAUCAUUGGAUGACAUGGAGAAGGUGAAUGCACAUAUUUUUGUCUCUGUAAAGGAGUAGGGCAGUCCCACUCCUUAUGCAUUUUAUUGUUUUUGUAUUGAACAGGUAGGACAUUAGUGAAAAGUUAGAAAAUUAAUGAGAGAGGUGUGAGUCAGAAGGGUGCUGGGUCAGUUUCGAACCCAUGGCGACUGGUAUGUGUGUGCCGGGGUCUGCGGCGCUAACCGCUAGACUACACAGUCCACAAGUUACUUAUUUUUUAAAAGCUAUAUAUUUUUUUCAUAUGAUAUGUUAUGUUUAAUAUCAACCGCAUAAUAAAAUUUGCCAACAUUUGAGGGGAAAAAAUGGCAAUUAAGCCUCAAGAAUGUAUUAGGGUAGAAGUGGCCAGUGUGGUAUUUGAUUGACACAUUGGUGCAUAUGGACUUCAAAUUAUAAGAAGAGGCGUCCAGAGAAUUCGGCCAUGAAUUAUAAAAGUGGAAUAAAUUUGAUUAAAA